AUGGAUAUAAACUCACGAGACCCUUUGGAAGUUAGUCGUGUCGUCGGAGAUGUUGUAGACCCUUUUACAUCGUCCACUAGUCUACGGAUUUCCUAUGGUGGCAGGACAGUGGCUAAUGGCUGUGAUCUGAGAACUCCCCAUGUUAUCAGCCAGCCCAGAGUUGAGAUAGGGGGUGAUGACUUUCGAACUUUCUAUACUCUUGUUUUGGUGGACCCUGAUGCGCCAAGCCCUAGCAACCCACACCUAAGAGAAUACUUGCAUUGGUUGGUGACAGACAUCCCAGGAAGCACUGGCACAAGUUUUGGAACUGAAGUUGUGUGUUACGAGAGCCCUCAGCCGACGAUAGGAAUCCACCGCUUGGUUUUCUUGUUGUUCCGCCAACUGGGGCGGCAGACGGUGUAUGCUCCGGGGUGGCGCCAGAACUUCAUAACUAGAGACUUCGCUGAAGUGUACAAUCUUGGCUCGCCGGUUGCCGCUGUGUACUACAACUGCCAAAGGGAAAACGGGACUGGAGGCCGAAGAUCUUAGGACAACCGCCCAAUACUACUACCUCUCUUUGAUAUUUAUAUAUAUGAAAAGCAAGCAGUAGCGCAGCCACGUUUUCUUAAAUAGCCCUUUUUAGUGUUGGGAAAAUCAUAGGUCAGUAUA